AUGGCUUCUGCAACUGCUACUUUUCUUGUGUCAAACACGGUCCUUGGUCCAACUACCACAAAUAAUCCAGCAGAUUUGUGGGUCCUGGCUUUCCAAAAGUGUAAAGCCCGCAUUCCAGAAAAGCAACUGGCUAGAGUCCUACAAGUGCAGACAUUCGAGCAGCUUAAAGCUGCAGUGGAAAGCUUGCAGAAGAUUCAAGGGCAACGACACUCCCUCAGAGCAUUGAAACGCAUUGAUCCAUUCCUGCUCAACAUCAAGUCUUUCAGCAGUGCAAUUGACACCAUGGUGCAGGCCAACCCUAAUAUUGCUGCACUAUGCUGGGGAGGUAUAAAAAUCGUUCUGGAGUUGUCUAUCCGUGUAACAAAAGCCUUUGAAAGGGUCACGGAAGGAAUGUCCAGGAUGGGAUCAGUUUUGCCUCGUGUUGAAGCAUACCAGAGACUCCUUCCAAGUAGGCGCGAACUCAACCAAGCAAUGCUUGAUAGCUUUGUGCGAUCACUGUGGGACAACUACGAAGAUGUGUUACAGAAGAAGUUGGAUCAAAUGGAGGCUAAAAGCCGUUUGAUCGACGAGGAAUCACACGUCGCAAAGCUGUUUCUCGACGAAAAACGGCACAAGGAUGUCAAGUCUUCACAAGAAGAAAUCAAAAACCUGAUCAAGCAGGGUCCGACCAAGAUGGUUCCUACACUCCCUUGCCACUCGAUACCUUUCAUUCGGAAUCUCAACUUCUUUGGACGAGCAGACGAGCUCCAAGCCUGCCAGAAUGCGCUCAAAGUCACCACUACCCUCCAUCACAUACCGACACUUGUCUUAUACGGAAUCGGUGGCGUUGGGAAGACUUCGAUUGCUUUGGAGUUCAUUUAUCAACAGAAGACCAGUCGCAAAAUCCUUCUGUGGAUCUCUGCUGAUGAUCCCACCAAGAUUGAUGAUGCCUUCGCAAGGGCAGCAUCGAAACUGGGCCUCCAUGUCGAGAAUGCCGAUGCCAAACGAGACCGCGAGGAAGUCAAAAACUUUUUGGAGCAUACUGUGGAACCUUGGCUCAUUGUCUUCGACAAUGUAGAAGACGAAACAGUUGGACAAUUUUUCCCGAACUCAGGAAAUGGUGCCUGUCUGUUGACAACUCGAGAUCCUGAUAUUUAUAACCGACUCGCUGUGGAGGGACAAAACAUUCAGAGUUUCAAGGGCUCUGAUGCACGGGACUUCUUGCUCAAACAGCUGCCUGCUGUGAACAGUACGAACGUGAAAGAACAGGCCGCCGUGGAUGGCCUAAGUAUCUACCUGGGGGGUUCCGCACUUGGACUCAAGCAGAUAGGAUCUUUCAUUCGCGAGACUAACUGUGGCAUCGAAGACUUACUCAAAGCUCUGCACGACAAGGACCAAGAGAAGCAUGUUCUAAACGACCAACAGUCCCUCCGAUCAGCCGGAUAUGAUCGACAACUUGCUACAGCAUGGAAUCAUUCGCUCUCGAGCCUCUCAGAAACUACAUUGAAUCUGCUCGUCUUUCUAUCAUUCAUGGACCCUGACCAUAUUCAAGACUAUAUAAUCAAAGAGCUGAAGAGUUCUUGCGCUAGGCAUCCACAGCUGUUCCCUGAAGCAGCUGACAAUAUCAAAUUCGGCAUGUGCCUUCGUACGCUCAAGAGAUACGGCCUGGUCGAGCAGCGAGGGAAUGACAACAGCUUCUCAGUGCACCGCCUCAUUCAGACGAUCACGUUGCACUUUACUAGCAUCGAAACCAAGGCCAAGAUAUUUGACUUCGUAAUUGUCACUUUUCUGCAAAAGCACCCACAAAGUCAAGCUACCUCGGACACCUUGUUUCCACAAUGGAAGAUCUGCAAACAGUACUCUACGCACAUUUUCCGGUUACACGUCUUGAUAAAAGAGUGGAGACUGAGGCCUGCUUCUGAGGACUUGCUCUGGAGGCUGCUCUUCAAUGGAUCACGCUAUCUGUUGGAAACUGGCUGGAUGAAGAAAUGCUUGAGCGUCGUAGAAGUCGCUGAAUCAUUUUGCAAUCCUGACACUGUGGAGGGCAAACUACGUUUGGCUUAUCUGACAAAUGCACGAGGAAUAUUCGCGUUGCAACACCAGAAUCUCGCGGAAGCAAGAUCUCUCUUUGAGCGAGUGGAACAAAUUAGGCUCGAGCAUCUGGGCGAACUUGAUCCAAACACCAUCGCAGUCCAGAAUAACCUGGCUUUAACCCUAGUCAACGAGCGACGGUGGCAGGAUGUAGUCACCCUCAACGACAGACGGCGAAGAUUGAUUGCAGAUCGUGAUGAUGUUCCACUGCGCCUCCGGACUUCAAUAUUCGAUGGAUUGUGCUCCGCUUAUCUCGAAAUGGGACUGCUGAACAAGGCCAUGGAUGCGAUUAACACUUCAAUCAACAUGAGCAAGGCAACCCUACCCUUGAUCUCACAGCUGAGUGGCUAUCACCAUUACCACAAGGGCAAGAUCUUGACUGCGCAGGGAAAAUUGGAAGAGGCUCUCGAGGAGCAUCUGUUAUGCUACAGAAUCCGAAACGAGGUUCUCAAUGAUCAUGUACAGACUGCUGGAGCGUGCUAUCGAGCUGGAGAUCUGUCAUAUCGGAAUGGGAAAGCAGAAGAAGCCAUCGCGUUGCUCGAAGAAAGCAAAAGAAUGUACAAGAGCCUCGACCUUAUCGGCAGCUUUCCACUUGCUGGUUCUGCACGAUCGGCAUGGCGUCUAUCCGAGAUCAUGGCGGCUCAAGGAGAUUCUUUGAAAGCUCAUACUUAUCUCGAAGAAGCACAAGCUGACCGAGACGCUUUACAGCUGGCAAGGAAGGACGACUUGUGUGAAAAUGAUUUCAACAUAUUGCUGAAUUAUGUAGACUCUUAA